AUGGCGCCCCCGAGCGAGCCCUCUCAGCACCCUUCAUCGUCCCGGAGCUAUACAGCUAAGGAUCCUGACGACAAGGCCGUACCCGCAAGCGAAGAAUCCUCCGAAUGUGAUCUCGAUUCCAACAAGUCUCAAUCAACGAUCCUCCAGGAUCAUCGACCUCCAAUAACUACCAUCCCAGCCACGGCCUACAACAUACCAAUGAUCCACGUGUUUCCAAAGGAGACGAGCAGGCAGUCCUAUGCUCAACCUUCUGUCAACCUACUUUCGUCGUCUCAUUACUCAAGGCUUGCGGGGGAGACGAAGAAGCAUAUCCUUGGACCCAUGCCGGUGCAAACCUUUUUGGAACAUUUUCUCAAAUGCAACCAAAUUGGCAAGGAUGAUAUGUCUGACCCCACCGACGCUUUCAUUGGCAUCCCAAGUGCGCCAUCCAAGGAGGAAGAUAUCUAUAGUCCAUUGGUCGAAGCCGUGAACAGGACGGCUGACAGAGAAUCUCGGUGCCCUGGCUUCGUAUUCUGCAUCACCGCCAAACGACCGGAUACAAGCGAAGCAGGGGAGCAUGGUCAAGGUGCUGUCAAGCCCGACGUUUCCGCCUAUCCCGAGGUACACUAUCACUACCUCUCGAGCAAAUAUCCGCAUAGCGCCGGCGUUCGGACCGACAUGGGUUUCGUCGCUCUCUUCAUUGAGAUCAAGAAAAACAAAAGCGAGGACUGUUUCGUCGACCCCAUCGUUGACAACGACUUCGUACCACGACCCGCCUCAUUUACAAACAACAAUUCGGAUGAGCAUCUCGGCCAGAUCAUCAACUACGCCCUGGAGGUAGUGAAGCGACAACAUCGUCAGCAUGUGUUCUCUGUGUCCCUUUGCGGUACCAGCGCACGGCUCAUUCGCUGGGAUCGGGCGGGCGCCGUCGUGUCCAGGGCGUUCGAUAUCCUCACCCAUCCGCACCUGCUAUGCGAAUUCUUGUGGUGUUACGCACGGAUCAGUCAGCACGAUCGCGGCUUCGAUUGUAGCGUCCAGCUUGGAACCCUCGCGGACGACGAGCUCUUCCAAAAGGAGAUCACGAAACAUAUACGAACCCAGGUGGCAAGGCUGCGAAUCGGUACAUUUAAGGUCCGUGGUUCGAGCGAGUACUACCUGAUGGAGCAUCGCGAUCCAGGAGUCAUCUCGAGCAUACCUCUUUCCCUCCCCCCUGACCCGGAGUUGAUGGAACCGGCCCGUCAAGGCCGUCUACUCAUCUCUCGUCCCAUCGUUGUCCCUCACUCCUUGACUGGGAGGGGAUAUUGGAGGUUCGAGUCUCGCAGGCCCGAGGGCGAUAUACUGCAGGAGCUGUCCAGUUUCGAGGUCCCCCAUAUCCCGACAGUGCUGCACCACAAGGACGUUUCUGGCCCACGCUGCGGCCCCUUGAACAUCACCGACUACCCUGAGGAUUUCGGCCCUAAUCCCAAAGAGCACAUUUUACUCAAGUACACCGACUAUGUGGACGCAGCGUGGGUGUAUCCCGAGGUACGCCAGAACCUGGAGACCGUGAGGAUGGUCCACUAUCGCCUCAUUAUGAAAGAGGCUGGCUAUUUCCUCACGCGCCUUCGGGGGACUCAAGAGCUAUUGUACGCGGGUCGCGGUGUACUUCGAGCACUCACAUAUGCUUACUUCAAUCUUCAUCCGACGGAAGAGUUUCCCAACAAAACCCCACGACUCCAUCGGAAUGUCAGCCCGAACAACAUUAUGCUAUACCGUGAUGUCGGUAGCGAAAAGCCUCGCAGGUACCCAAGGACGGGAUACCUGAUCAACUGGGAUGUCUCACACACCGCGCCGACGAACCCGGACGAACCCGAGACCAACGACCCCAUGGCCCCGGAUGAGAAGAAAGACGUGGCAGCUUCGGUCGAUUUUCCAUUCACCGCCUAUCAGCCGCUCUACCACUUGGUUGAACGAAGCAUAGGCUUCAAACUCGAUUCGAAAGGAAUCCCUCUCUACUCGACGAUUCUACAUGACAUCGACUCGCUUCUGUACUCGGUGCUUUACUGUGCCUUGUUCUACACGGAGGACGGCUUGCCCCCAGGAAUCAAAGGGGGCGUCACACUCACGUUAUUCCCCGACGUACAGAAGGCAGCGCUUCUGCAACCAGGGAAUCUUCUGGCCCCUUUAGGGAAGAAGGAAUACGGCGAGCGCAUCCACCAGACCAUUCCGCUCUGGAAAGCUCCGGGCAUGCGGUCUUGGGCUGAUCUGGUCACCCGCUGGGCGGAUAUCCGCACUAGGGAUUUGAGCACCGCCGUACAGCCAACAGAGGAUCUUCAAGAGUACAUCAAGUCCCUCCGCUGCUCCUGGACCAGUAUCCUCAGCGACAACGCCCUCUUCGCUGAGCAUGGACGCUCGGAUGCGCGCGACCCCCGGCCGAAGAUCAGAAACCACCGAGCGACGUCGACCGCCUCCAGUUCGACAAGCGUCCUCAGCACCAUUCCAGAAAUCACCGGGGCUCUCGAGGAGGACGAUAGUAGUGUCGUUCUGCCCGGCGAUGCGUACGACCUCAUGGAGGCCGAUGAGGACAUGAUUCUCGAAGAUGACGGGUCAGACACUGUUUCCGCUCCCCCCGACACCGCGACGGUCCGAACCACACGGUCUCGUGCCGCCACGGUCUACGCCCGUUCGUCCCGGCCGGACAUAACGCCGCCGAGUCCAGGACCUUCGCGCCCCAACGUCGAACAUAGGAAGACCCGUGCGGGCUCCCGCUCGAAGCAGCCUAUCUUGUCGUGA